AUGGUGUACUUGACGUCAUGGAAGGUGUUCUUUGAGGCCGCGCAGAAGCUCUACAACGAGAACCCCAACAAAACGCGAUAUGUGAUGAAGUACCGCCACUGCGAUGGCAAGUUGGUGCUCAAGGUGACGGACGAUCAGACGUGUCUCAAGUACAAGGCAUCUCAUGCGCAAGUGCUGAAGAAGAUUGAGAAGCUGAACAACUUGUUCCUGCGAUCUGCCACCGAAAAGCUCAACAAGUAA